AUGAAGCUCAACUUAGAGAGAGCAUUAACACUCCUUCUGAGUGUUGCUGUUUCUGUCUUCCACAUUACUUCAGCUGAAGAUCCAGAUAAAUUCUUCAACUGGAAUGUUACUUAUGGUGACAUUUACCCACUCGGAGUUCGUCAAAGAGGUAUAUUGAUCAACGGAUAA